CUUUGCCGCCGGCCCGUCAGCCUCGAAUGAAUUCAUUUCCAACUUUUGCUGCUCACGGGACGCUCCCUCUUCAUCCUUCCCAGACCCACUGGAAUCGUAGGAAUUGCGGUUCGUCGCAGCCGAUGAUGUCACCGGAUCGAAAUGAGGCGGCGAUGCCAAUAUCAAUGGCGGUGUCAGGUGCACAGGAACGUUGGCUGAUGUGAGCUGCGGCGCUCCUUCCGAGCACCCAACGCCCUCCAUGCACCCGACACGGGACGAACUCGAACUGGUAUCGCAGCUCUUUGCCUCCGGGGAGCCCAAGACGCUCGACGCCAUCACCGGGACCCACGCCCUGGCGCUGUUCGCGAACACAGGCCUUUCAGACGAGGUUCUGGGACAGAUAUGGUCCAUUGCAGACAAGGACUCGAAUGGACAGCUCUCGCGGGACGAGACUGGGGCGCUGCUGAGGCUGAUGGGGUGGGCACAGGCGGGAGUGAAGCCCAGUCCUGAUCUUUUGGAGAAGCCCGGCCCUACAGCGCGUAUUCCCUCCGUCUCCAUCCCGGGACCUUCGAAGACACCCGCUCCCGUCCUCCCACCACUGACGCCAACAGACAAGGCAAAGUUUCUGAAGCUGUUCUAUAGCAACGGACCAGUUGAAGGUUUUGUUAGUGGGGACAAAGCGAGAGAAGUCAUGUCAAAAUCCAAACUGCCCGUCGAGAAGCUUUCCAGGAUCUGGGAUCUCUCAGACCGGACAACACGCGGUGCAUUGGAUUCGACGUCUUUCGUUGUGGCCAUGUAUCUCAUCCAAGGGCUCAUGAGCCAUACUCUCUCCGCUCUUCCCGACACACUCCCGGAUUGGCUGUUCGAUCAGGCUUCUGCUGUGCCCCCGUCUCCAUCCAUUGUCAUAUCAACGACACCAUCUCAAGAUCCAUUUGCGUCUCCGCACGACGAGACUCCAAGGAGCUGGGAUAUACCAGCCGAGAUACGUGCCAAUUCAGAUCGCAUAUUUGAUUCCCUGGAUCCGCUGCGAACAGGUUUCGUGUCGGACAGUGUCACGCUUCCUCUGCUGUUGGAGUCGAAGCUUCCUCCAGAUGAACUGGCGAAGAUUUGGUGAGCAUCGCGCACGCUUUUCCGUGCGCCUGCGAUCUCAUGUCGAGGAGGUCCCAGGCAGAUAUCCGCGGCG